UUUCCGCUUUCGUUUUCGAUUCUCGGUAAGUUUGUUUUGCUGUCAAUGAAGUGAUGUGUUGAGCAUUCGGUCAGCUUCAGAAUACUGGCGCUUAUAUAUGUCUUUCCAUUGCUGAGCGAGAAAACAAAAUAUUAUUCCAAGUUUAAAAUAACAAAAUAUUGUUCCUUAAAAAAAGAGAAACAAUUGUCAGUUGAAGAAUGAAUAAAAUAGAUGGGAUUUUCUCCUGUGACGAUAAGAGUGGAAGAAAAUUGGUUUGCGUUGCGAACGAUCGCGGGAAGAUUUCAUCUAAUAGCACAGCAAGAAGCAAAAGUCAAAUGACUUCGGGAAUCUCAGGAAAUGAACGAAGUCCUUUGAUUCGACCACCAAAUUCUAACGAUGAACCAAGUGACGAUACAGCUAGUGAAGCCGCACAAUUCUUUCCAAGAAUGAGGGUCAACUAUGGAUCUGUUCCACCUCAGAGUUCCCAACUCUCCGUGGUUGAAAGACGUUGUGUAAAUUUUCAAAGCUUGCUGAAAAUUCUAUCUCAACCAAUGGCCAGUAUCUUCUCAUGUCUAAUUCUAGUCAUUAUUGGCAUAGUGAUGGUUUUUGCUGCAAAUUUGAGAACUAAUCCAAGUGGAGAUGAAGUGAAACCAAAACAUGUUUUGAUAUACAUAAUGUUAUUGAUAUCAAUAUUCAUUAUUUGGAUGAUAUUUGCAGUUAUCCCUCAUAAACUCCGCAAUCCAGGACGACAUGAUGGUACAUUGAUUCCCAGACAUCUUUUAACAGGUGUUGGUAUAUUUGGAACUGUAAGUGCAACAACACAGGUGUUGAUGUUGCUUGACUACAUAAAGUGCAGUCAACAUGUGAAGGGACUGAGCUAUGUAUAUGGUAUUUAUCCAUGUUUUAAAAUUGCUUUUAUAUACUUCCAAAUUUACUUUUUUUACAAGUUCUCUCGUGAUGGGAUUCGUAAUUCUUUUCUUUCUGGUGGAGUUUUUUUUGUAAUGGUUACAUUGGCUACAAAUUUAUGUAUCUGGACUUCUGCAUUUUUUGGUGAUGUCUCAAACAACCCAAAGUUAAAGGAUGUUCCUUGGUUGAAUCAUUAUUAUUUUGGUAUUAAAAAUGAUGAUCCUUGUAGCAAUAGAAGUUUAACAAGUUAUCAUGCUUACAAGCUUCAUUCACUGGUUAAAGGCCUUUCACCAUAUAUAAGCACAUUUUCAAUGGAAUAUGCUUUGCUGGCAUCUGGUUUACUUUUGCAUAUUUGGAUGCUUACUAGAAGGCGUGUUCCUAAAGUCCCUAAACCUAAUAAACAAACAUGGACAUUGUGGAGACUGGGUUUUAUUGCUGGGUUAAUGGCAAUUCCCAUUGUCUUUCUUGCAUAUUUCAUGAAUGAAGAAUUUAACUCCAAACCUACUGCAACAAAGGUUUUGCUGUCUGUCUUGAAGGGGGUAUUUUUUAUUUUAUUGUUGUCCUGUUGCUUUUAUUCCAUAACUUUGAUAGAUGAAAAGCAAGGUUUUGUAAAGAAGAAAAGGGGAAUGAAGUUAGAAGUAAUUUUGCUAGGGAUUUCUGGCUUUCUUGGUUUUCCUGCUUUCGAUUUGGCAUCUAUUUUUGCUGCCUUUUGUGAGAUUGAAAACUUUGAUACUGUUCAAGUGCUGUGGUAUGCCAUUUGUAAAAUGUGCGAGUUGCUUUCUUUUUUCUCGCAAUUUUGCUUUAUUAAGAAGGCAUACCAGUAUAAACUCCCAGAAGUGGGUCAUAAAACAGUUGGAAUAGCUUCUCAGAGAAUCAGACAGUUUGCUUCCUUUGCUGCUGUUUUAAAUAUUGCUUAUUGGGCUGCACAUACAUAUGAGCUUCGAAACACAUCAGCAUCAUUAACAAUUGGAGAGAAAUACUUUGGUCGGUAUUCAUGGUUUGGGCUUUCUCAUGUCUGUCUUCCACUUUGCUUGUUUUUCUAUUUCCAUAUUGCCAUAUGCUAUGCAAAUGUUGUGUCAUCAGUCAGUCAGUUUGGACCUCUAUGGAAUCAUGAUAAACAAGACAAGCUUAGACAAUAAGGUCUUUUAUGACUGCUAGCCUGAAUUAAGUUUUAAUGAAAAUAUUCCAUGUCAUAAAAUUUAGAAUUAUUGAAUUUAAGAAUUAUUAAGUUCAUACUUUUAAAGUUUUUUGUAUUUCGUUAAGUGUAAUAUUGAUACAUAAACUAGUUUGAAAGUGAUUUUGUUAAAAAGGACUGUAUCUUUACCACUUA